UCUUCUGCAGGGCGAACUGAAAUCGCCUUCAGAAUGGGAGGGGCUACACAGUCUAAUAUAGAAUCACAUUCGUUGUAAAUCGCACUUUAAAUGUCAUUCUAUAACGGACCGUAGCGCAUCCAAUCAUACCAAGGGAUCUCCACAUCCUAUUUGCAUAUAUUCUGUAUUAAUAUGCCUACUGGCGCCCAGGUCCUACACAGCAAUUUCAGUCACACGAUAACAAUGCCUGAGCCUGCACCCAAACCCGCGCCCAAAAAGGGCUCAAAGAAAGCCGUCUCUAAAACCGCCGUUAAGGGAGGGAAGAAGCGCCGUAAGACCAGGAAGGAGAGCUAUGCCAUCUACGUGUACAAGGUGCUGAAGCAGGUCCACCCCGACACUGGCAUCUCCUCCAAGGCGAUGGGAAUCAUGAACUCCUUCGUCAACGACAUCUUUGAGCGUAUCGCCGGUGAGGCCUCUCGUCUGGCCCACUACAACAAGCGCUCCACCAUCACUUCCAGGGAGAUCCAGACCGCCGUCCGCCUGCUUCUCCCCGGUGAGCUGGCCAAGCACGCCGUGUCUGAGGGCACCAAGGCUGUGACCAAGUACACCAGCUCCAAGUAGACACGAUAGUUUACAAACCAAACCCAAAGGUCCUUUUAAGGACCACCCAAAUGCAUCUGAAAGAGCUUCUCCUUAUUUGUACACGGGAUGAUCCACUG